AUGGGGGAGCAAUCUUACUUCUUCCUUUUAACAUGUUUAAUAGUAAUAACAAUUUUGACUUCUUUUGGUCAAACUCAAUUAUUAAUACCUCAAGAUGAAUAUAUUUAUAAUCAAGAUUAUGAACAAAUAGCAAUGAUGGAUUUUGAAGACGGUCCAAUCCUUCAAGGACCUCCCACCUUAAUUGAUAUAAUACCUAUAGAAAAAGAUUUAACAAUUUUUGUUGAUUGUAUAAGAACAUUUGCCGAUAUUGUUGACUUGCUUUCCAAACCCGAUUCAUCAGUUAUUCUUUUAGCACCAGUAAAUUCAGUACUUAGAGAUCUUACUCAUAUAAUAACUGGUAAAAAUCAAGUUAAAGGGAACGAAGUAGAUCCCCAGAAAAAUGUGUAUAAAUUUGUAUUAGGACAUCUUGUUAUUACUGAUAAAAAAUCACUUUCUCAAGGUGAAAAUUUAAAAUCAAUGGAUAAUAAUACCAUUACUGUAGAAGAAGGGAUUAAUAAUAUUUAUAAAUUAAAUGGUAAAGUAAAUACUACGGGAUUUAUUAAAAAAGUGGUAAAUGGAGUUCUUUAUAAGAUUGAUGUUUUUGAAAAACCCGUUGAAAACCAAUUUUAUAAGAAUUUUAAAUCAAAAGAAAAAGAUAAAGUUCAUGAGGGAGAUCAUUUUGUUAGAGUACCUGAUCGAAGUUUGAUAGAGGUAACAGGUGAAGAUUCUAUUAAAUUUUUACAAGGACUUACAACCAACGAUAUGAAAAAACUUAGUUCGGGUGAAGAUAAAUUUCCGAUUCCACCGAGUUUUCUAAUUGAAUGUGAUUCACGAGCUUUAACCGAUCUCAUUAAACAUUUAAAAAAAUAUGUUCUUCGAUCUAAAGUUACCAUUAUUGAUGUAUCAUCUAGAUAUAAUGUUUGGAAUUUAUGGGGUGAUAAUUUAAAUAAUUUAUGGUGUAUCGGCGAUAUUUGUUGUAGAGAUAAAAGAUGUCCUUAUAUGGGAUUAAGAUUAAUAUUACCUUUUGAUGAAUCACCAUCAGUUCCAGAAUAUUUUUCAGAGUUAGCACCCGAAGAAUAUACAUUACGUCGCAUUUUACACGGAAUUCCGGAAGGAAUAGAUUGUUUUACUCCCGGAAUAUCGUUUCCAUUACAAAGCAAUUUCGAUUAUAUGAAUGGAAUUGAUUGGAGAAAAGGUUGUUACGUUGGUCAAGAACUUACUUUUAGAACAUAUUAUAUCGGAGUGACCAAAAAGCGUAUCAUGCCGAUACAAUUAUAUAAUAAAGAUGAAAGUCCAACAGACAAAUUAGAAUUAAAUCGAAAAUCCAAUAUUAAUUUAUUACUUCCCCCACCAACAUCUGGAAUCUAUUCAUCAAUAGAAAGUUUAAGUAAAAAACAACGUCCAGUAGGUAAUAUUGGAAUUUCUCGACAUAAUAUAGGUUUAGCAUUAAUAUCCUUAGAUAAAAUUCUUGAAUCAAAUAGUUUAUUUUUUAUGACGAAUGGACAAGGUGAUGUAUUUAAAAUUGAAAGAGAUGUGAUCACCAAUUCAAUAGUUAUCGGUACUGGUGGUAUUGUUGAAGAUGUUGAAGCUAUUUCCACCCUCACGGAAAUUUCUCCUUUAUUAGAUUCUAAAUCUCGGACAAAUUCAAUUUUCAUACCUGCUCUAGAUAAAGAAUUAGCUAAAAUCAAUUCAUUCUAUUGUGAAAAAGAAAAGGAACUUAUUAAUGAAUUAGAAAAUCUUAUUCGUGAUUAUAAUUCAUUUGAAAAUUUGGAAGAUUCUAUUAGCGUUCAAAGUAAUCCUAUAUAUCCUAGUAGAUCAUAUCCAUCACUUGAUGGUCGAAAAGGAAGCACUCGUCGAAAUAAUUUAUUUAAUUUUCAUUUAUGGGAUAGAUCAGAAUCUUUUCUUAGUAAAGAUCAAAGGAUCCGUUUAAAGAAACGUACUAUUGAACUUUUCGUUUGGUUAUCUGAAUUAAAAUCUUUUGUCUCUUUAAAUAAUACUGGAUUUUCCAAGAUUUUAAAAAAAUAUGAUAAAAUUACCAAUAGUAAUCUUAAAGGUUCAUAUUUAAAUAAUGUCAUGAGUGAAGCUUAUCCUUUCCUAAAAUCUACUCGACAAAUUUUAGAAGAUAAAUUAAUUAAAGUUCGAGAAAUUUAUUCUAAUUUAUGUACAAAUUCUGAUAUGGAAGCUGCUACACGUGAAUUAAAAACUCAUUUAAGAGAAUUUAUUGUAUGGGAAAGAAAUACCAUUUGGAGGGAUAUUAUUGGUUUAGAAAGGAAAUCCCAUGCUGUUGGAAUAACUGUAGAGAAAUUAGAAGAACCUAAUGCAAAGAUUGAUACCCCUUUUGGUAAAAUGACUGUUUCAGCCAUUUUCUGGAAGAAUGCUCUUUGGGCAACAAUAUUAUUAUGUUCUGAUGGUAAUGGUACAGAACCACCAACCAGACUUGGUUCACAUGAAGCAACCAAACAAAUAUUUUCUGCUAUGUUCUCUCCAGUUAUUAUGUUGUUGUUAGGAGGAUUUGCUAUUGCUGGAGCAUUAAGUAAAUAUCAUAUUGCCAAAAUGAUGGCAACAUACGUAUUAUCAAAAGCUGGUACAAAACCAAGUUUCGUUCUUUUAGCUAACAUGUUUGUCGCCACUUUUGCAAGUAUGUGGAUAAGUAAUGUGGCUGCUCCAGUUUUAUGUCUUUCAUUAAUUCAGCCCAUCCUUCGUAAUUUACCUCCAAACAGUUCAUUUGCUCGAUGUUUAAUAUUAGGUAUCGCUUUAGCAUCUAAUAUUGGAGGAAUGGCGUCACCAAUAUCAUCUCCUCAAAAUAUUAUUGCCAUAGAAAAUAUGAAUCCUUCACCUACUUGGGUUCAAUGGUUUAUAGUAGCUAUACCUUUAUGUAUCGUGAUAGAUAUUUUAGUUUGGUUAUUAUUACUUUGGAAUUAUCAACCAUCUCAAAAUUCUUUAAUGAUUCAUCAUAUAAGACCAACCAAAGAUCCUUGGACCGGAAUUCAAAUUUUCGUAAUUUUCAUUACCAUCUUUACCAUAAUUUUAUGGUGCGUUGAAAAAAAAUUAGAAUACUUUUUCGGAGAUAUGGGAAUUAUUGCCAUAAUACCUUUGGUUAUGUUCUUUGGUACGGGAAUUCUUACUAAAGAAGAUUUUAAUAAUUUCUUGUGGACGGUGAUCAUACUUGCCAUGGGUGGUAUAGCACUUGGUAAAGCAGUACAGAGUUCAGGUUUAUUACAUACCAUCGCUAAAAGUAUUCAAUCCAUGGUGGGAAAUUAUAAUGCUUGGCAAAUACUUGUAAUAUUUGCUUCUUUGGUAUUAGUUAUGACCACAUUUAUUAGUCAUACAGUUGGAGCUUUGAUAAUUUUACCUAUCGUAGCGGAAGUUGGAAGUCAAUUGAGUGAUCCACAUCCUAAUUUACUUGUGAUGGGUUCUGCACUUAUGUGUUCUCUUGCUAUGGGAUUACCUGUAUCCGGAUUUCCAAAUAUGAAUGCAAUAAUGAUGGAAGAUGAAAUGGGAGUUCGAUAUUUAAAUACUUUUGAUUUUAUUAAAUCGGGUGUGCCAGGAUCAUUACUUGGAUUUUUAACUGUGAUAACCGUUGGUUACUUGUUAAUGACGUUUAUAGGAUUUUAA